AUGUACAUCAUAUCAAAAGCCCUCGACCCUAUUUUUGCCAUUUCGAUCGGUCUCGCCGCCGCCGUUACGCGCAUCAACCGCGAAGAGAAGGAGAAGGAUCGCUCGACUCAAGAGACAAUAGAUGUGUUCAAGAGGAGGUGGGCGCUUGCGUGGGAGGGGGGGCCUGCCGCGGCGACGAAGCAGUAG